CUCGUCACCAUGGGAGCGGGGAGUAAUGAGAGCAUGUCUGCUUUCAGAUUCUGGUCAGGACUGCUGAUGCUGCUGGGCUUCCUUUGCCCUAGAAGUUCACCAUGUGGCGUUUCGACACACAUAGAAAUAGGGCACAGAGCUCUGGAGUUUCUCCACCUUCAGGAUGGGAGUAUUAAUUACAAAGAGCUGUUACUUAGGCACCGGGAUGCAUAUCAGGCUGGAUCCGUGUUUCCUGACUCAUUUUACCCUAGCAUCUGCGAGAGAGGACAAUUCCAUGACGUGUCAGAGAGCACUCACUGGACUCCAUUUCUUAAUGCAAGCAUUCAUUAUAUCCGGAAGAACCAUCCUCUUCCCUGGGAUGAGGACACAGAGAAAUUGAUAGCUUUCUUGUUUGGAAUUACAUCUCACAUGGUGGCUGAUGUCAACUGGCAUAGCCUGGGUAUUGAACAAGGAUUCCUCAGGACGAUGGCUGCCAUUGAUUUUCACAACUCCUAUUCCGAGGCACAUCCGGCUGGUGAUUUCGGAGGAGACGUGUUGAGCCAGUUCGAGUUUAAAUUUAAUUACCUCUCACGGCACUGGUAUGUGCCUGUUGAAGAUCUCCUGGGAAUUUAUAAAGAACUCUACGGCCGAGCAGUCAUCACCAAAAAAGCCAUUGUUGACUGUUCAUACCUUCAGUUCUUGGAAAUGUAUGCUGAGAUGUUAGCUAUUUCCAAGCUUUAUCCCACUUAUUCUGGAAAAUCCCCAUUUUUGGUGGAACAAUUUCAAGAAUACUUCCUAGGAGGGCUGGAUGAUAUGGCGUUUUGGUCCACUAAUAUUUACCGUCUGACAAGUUACAUGUUAAAGAAUGGGACCAGUAACUGCAACCUCCCUGAGAACCCUCUGUUCAUCACAUGUGGUGGUCAACAAAACAACACCCAGGGCUCAAAAGUACAGAAAAAUGGUUUUCAUAAAAAUGUGACUGCAGCCCUAACUAAAAAUAUUGGAAAGCAUAUAAACUAUACCCAAAGAGGAGUGUUCUUCAGUGUGGAUUCCUGGACCAUGGAUUCCUUAUCCUUCAUGUACAAGUCUUUGGAGAGGAGCAUACGUGAGAUGUUUAUUGGCAGCUCUCAGCCACUGACACAUGUUUCUAGCCCCUCAGCAUCUUACUACUUGUCACUUCCCUACACAAGGCUUGGUUGGGCGAUGACUUCGGCCGAUCUCAACCAGGAUGGAUACGGUGACCUGGUGGUGGGUGCCCCUGGCUACAGCCACCCAGGCCACAUUCACGUGGGCCGUGUGUACCUCAUCUAUGGCAAUGACCUGGGCUUGCCCCCCAUCGACCUGGACCUGGACAAGGAGGCCCACGGGAUCCUGGAGGGUUUCCAGCCCUCAGGUCGGUUUGGCUCGGCUGUGGCUGUGCUGGACUUUAACGUGGACGGCGUGCCUGACCUGGCGGUGGGAGCCCCCUCGGUGGGCUCUGAGAAGCUCACAUACACAGGUGCAGUGUACAUCUACUUUGGUUCCAAACAAGGACAACUGUCUUCUUCCCCCAACAUCACCAUCUCUUGCCAGGAUACCUACUGUAACUUGGGCUGGACCCUCCUGGCGGCAGAUGUGAAUGGAGACAGUGAACCGGACCUGGUGAUUGGCUCCCCUUUCGCUCCAGGUGGAGGGAAACAGAAGGGAAUUGUGGCUGCAUUUUACUCUGCCUCCAGUUACAGUGACAGAGAGAAGCUGAACGUGGAAGCUGCCAACUGGCUGGUGAGGGGAGAGGAGGACUUUGCUUGGUUGGGGUACUCCCUUCACGGCGUCGCUGUCAACAACAGCACUCUGCUCCUGGCUGGAAGCCCGACCUGGAAGAACGCCAGCAGUCAGGGCCACUUGUUCCGCACUCGUGAAGAGAAACAGAGCCCUGGACGGGUGUAUGGCUAUUUCCCGCCAAACAGUCAAAGCUGGCUUACCAUUUCCGGAGACAAGGCGAUGGGGAAACUGGGUACCUCCCUGUCUAGUGGCCACGUGAUGGUGAACGGGACCCGGACCCCAGUGCUGCUGGUGGGGGCCCCGACUCGAGAUGUCGUGUCUAAGGUGUCAUUCCUGACCAUGACCCUGCACCAAGGUGGGAGCACGCGGAUGUAUGAACUGACCCCUGACUCGCAGCCUUCUCUGCUCAGCACCUUCAGUGGAAACCGCCGCUUCUCCCGAUUUGGUGGCGUUCUGCACUUGAGUGACUUGGAUAAUGAUGGCUUAGAUGAAAUCAUCAUAGCAGCCCCGCUGAGGAACACAGACGCAACUGCGGGACUGAUGGGGGGAGAGGAUGGCUGUGUUUAUGUGUAUAAUGGCAAACAGAUCACCGUGGGUGACGUGACAGGCAAAUGCAAAUCAUGGGUAACUCCAUGUCCAGAAGAAAAGGCCCAAUAUGUACUAAUUUCUCCUGAAGCAGGCUCAAGGUUUGGGAGCUCUGUGAUCACUGUGAGGUCCAAGAAAAAGAAUCAAGUUGUCGUUGCUGCUGGAAGGAGUUCUCUGGGAGCCCGACUCUCUGGGGCACUUCAUAUCUAUAGCCUCAGCCAAGAUUAAAGGUUUCACUCCAUUUUCCUCACCUGUCCCCCUCUCUCGUGCUGAGUCAUCUUCUGGGUGAGCGUUCUGGGGGACAAAGUGGCGUAUCCAGGGGAGCCUUGGUGGACCUUACGACAGGUGGGGCUCCUGGGGGUGGAGACACACACACAGACUGGCUGCCAAGACACAGUAAGUGGUGACAACAUCGAAGUAUGUGAAACAGUGGAUGCGCUGGUUACUCGUGUCCCUUUGCAAAGCUUGUUUCCUGUGCACCUCAACUUAAUUCCUGACUGGCUUCCUGUGCUCAGACCUGCUGCACAACCCACUUCCUCUUCCACUUGAGCACCUGUGUCUUUCUGAUGCCUUGAAAGGCCUGUCUCUAGUUAUCUUAGGAAAAGCUCUGUAGCACAAUUCUUGCUAAAAACUGGUGACCCAUUCCAAUCAAAGUGAAACAGAAAGCACAGUACACAGGAGAAAAAGCAUGAGAGACAGAACGAGGAGAAAAGUACGGGGGUGAGGCAUAACCUCACAACUCCAAAAUCACGUUGCAAGUGAUGUGGUCCUUUCUUAUGAGGACUAUUGUGUCUUCAGUGUUUCAUACAGUGAAGGACAAAUAUAAAAAGUUAAAUAUCACCUGACUGUGCCCUCAGAUGCUUCUGGAGAAAUGACUGUCCUAACAACCGUUGCACCUAGUGAUCUUCUGCUAAUCUGAAGUCAUCUCAGGAAGCCUCAGGCAGUGGGAGACUGCCACAAGCCUUGCCAACAGAACCAGAACAGGAAGGAGAGAAAUCUGUCGUGAGCUGCAGGUGACUGUGCGGGACUCAGGAGUGAGGCAGGCUUGGCCUCCCUGCUUCCUGGGCUGGUCUCAGUGGAGCAGAUUUCAUCUGCCAGGCCUGGAGGGUAGAAUGUUUAAGGGAAGGGAAUGGACCACAGGAUUUCAGCUUCUCUAAAAUUCUGUGGGCACUGUUAUCCGUAAACUGUAACUAGUUGAUUCUCUAUCAGGGUAGAACCUCUUUUCUUCUGACACUAAUGAAAUGAUACUAAAACCAGGAAAAAAUUAAAAUGACCAGAGCCCGUCUCUUAGCUUCUCAGGGCAGUAAAGAGACUGGUCAGAGGACGUAGGGUUUUGGCUGAAGGGUAAGUUGAACUCGAAAUCAAAGGAAAAACCAGUAGAAUUACAACUGUGAGUAUAUAUUGAGUGUGUAUAUAGGAGAACAGCAUAAACAGGCUCACACCUAGACAGGACCUCUGGCUGACUCCCAGGACCGUCCCGUCCCUUCUUUCUCAAAGAGGUAUACUAGUUGCAUGGUUCCCUAUGGCAUAGUACAAAGCACACAGAAAUACCAUUUGCUUUUUGGUUAACAACUAUUUGCCUGCUCAACCUAUUUGAAGAAUUGUUUUUAUUAAAGUUUAUUUUUAGGGGACCAGAAAUGACUUACUCGUAUUCCCUUAUUCUGAGUGAAGAACAAGCUGAAGACGCUGCAUUUCAGUAAAGGUGUGCUCUCGGUACCGCAUCUCUUCAUUUAGAAGGAUGCAUACCUUCAUCAGGCCGCUGCUAAACAAAGUGUUAUGCUUGACUAAAUGAUCGGGCCAGUGUUUAAACAUAAUUAUUCUUUACCUGAAGAUUUAUAUUUUCCUGAACGUAAUAGCAACCAGCGGGAGGAGAUGGUUAAAAUUUACUAAGUUAGAAGCAGGUCUUCAUAUAGGAUAUUUAACCAUACUAACCUGUAUUAAGAAAUUAUAUAAAUUGUAUCCUACUGCAUGUAUGGAAAAUAUAUAAAAACCUGGCAUACAGAAAAAAACCUAAUACCUGACAGACUAAUAUAUUAUCUCAACAGGUGGAUUAAGUUUCCAUUCUACACUAAGUUAACUGUAAUUCUAAGCACUGGUUCUGACUUCAGCUGCUCAGUCGUGUCCGACUCACUGUGACCCCAUGGACUGCAGCAUGCUAGGCCUCCCUGUCCAUCCCCAACUCCUGGAGUUUACUCAAACUCAUGUCCAUUGAGUCAGUGAUGCCAUCCAACCAUCUCAUCCUCUGUCGUCCCCUUCUCCUCCUGCCUUCAAUCUUUCCCAGCAUCAGGGUCUUUUCCAAUGGUCAGUUCUUCGCAUCAGGUGGCCAAAAUAUUGUAGUUUUAGCUUCAGCAUCAGUCCUUCCAAUGAAUAUUCAGGACUGAUUUCCUUUAGGAUGGACUGGUUGGAGCUCCUUGCAGUCCAAGGGACUCUCAAGAGUGUUCUCCAACACCACA